AUGAACUUCGAGCCUAAACAGCUACACAACGUUACUGAGCUAUUAAGACGAUGCUCUAAUGCAGGAGGAACAAUACUACGUAAGCAACCACGAGAUCCAGAGACACUCACGACUGAGCAACUAGCUGUGACAGCCACAAAAUACGACGAUGAGCAAGACAGAGAGAAAAUUAUGAAAAAUAGACUUGUAAAGAAUGCAGCAAAAACAGCGAAACGAUACCUGGUGAUGGAUUACUAUGUUGGAGGAGAUCUAUUGACUCUGCUUAGCAAGUUUGAGGACAGACUACCUGAGGAGAUGGCUCGAUUUUACUUGGCAGAAAUGGUAUUAGCAAUAAAUUCAGUACAUCAGCUGAACUAUGUUCACAGAGAUAUAAAACCAGAUAAUAUUCUCAUUGACCUGAAAGGUCACAUCAGACUUGCUGACUUUGGGUCUUGUUUGAAAAUGCGUCCAGAUGGCAUGGUGGAAUCCUCAGUUGCAGUUGGCACCCCUGAUUACAUUUCACCAGAAAUUCUUCAAGCCAUGGAGGAUGGCAAGGGCAAGUAUGGGACAGAGUGUGACUGGUGGUCACUUGGAGUCUCCAUGUAUGAAAUUCUAUUUGGAGAGACUCCUUUCUAUGCGGAAUCCCUUGUAGAGACUUAUGGAAAAAUAAUGAACCACGAGGUACAUCUGCAGUUCCCCUCAGACAUUACAGAUGUAUCAGACCAUGCAAAGAAUCUAAUCAGUCGCCUUAUCUGCCGACAAGAAGAUCGACUUGGAAAAGGUGGUGUUGAUGACUUCAAGAAACAUCCAUUCUUUAAUGGAAUGGACUGGGAUAACUUGCAUACAGCUACCCCGCCUUAUAUCCCAGAGGUUGACAGUCCAGCAGACACUUCUAAUUUUGAUGUGGAUGAUGAGACUUUGAAAAAUUCGGAAACCUUGCCUCCAAGUAAUAACAAUGGUUUUGCCACGCAUCUCCUUCCAUUUGUGGGAUUUACGUAUACAUCCAACUGCCCCUUAGCAGACAAAGGCUCGCUGAUGAACUGCAUGGUCAGCAAUGGAAUGGGAAAUGGUCCGGGACAAGGUAAAGACUCCAUUCCAGCUCAAAAUUUGCAUGUUUCAAGCCCUGAGACACCUGCUAAAGAUCGUGUGAUCCGCAGUUUAAAAACAGAGAUGGAAAUUCUCCAGAAAAAAUUAGCAGAAAAAUCCACAGAACAGGAGACAGUAUCAGGAGCACAAAUUCAGUCCAUGGAGAAACAGAUCAGAACACUUAAACAAGAUAAAGAUCGACAUGCAAAGGAUCUCGCAGACAUGUUAGCUCAGUUGAAGUCUCAAGGAGAAGAAAUGAGGAUGGCUUUUGAGAAGCAAAGGAGAACUCAGGAUGAGUUGCGUUUAAUGGAGGACAAGUGUGAAGGGCUAAGUACUCAGAAUAGCAGGUUGUCUCGUAGACUGAAAGAUAAAGAAGAUGAGGCAGAGGCUGCCACAGAAAAAGUGAGGGCCCUGAGAAAGGACCUGCACAAAGCAGAGGCCAGCAGACGGGAGGCAGAAUCACUAGUGGAGGAUCUGACUAUAGAAGUGGAAAGACAGAAGAAGUUGGUAGAGAGAAGUGAAGCACUCGCCGCCCAGACAACUGAAGACCUGGAAAGAAUUAAGGUACAGCAGGCCAUCACUUCUCCAGUAAUCAGUGGCUCCUUUCAUAGCUAUGAGAUGGCCCAGCAGAAAAUAGAACUUGAAAGACGGAUCCAACAGCUAGAGACAGAACUUUCUCAAUUGAGAGGAGAAUUUUCACAUCGGGAAGCAGAACAUGCCAAUGAGACUAAAUCACUCCGCAGAGAACUAGGAGAGAAGGAGGAGCAGCUGAUAUCAUUGAAGCAUGAAUUGGAAGGAAUGCAGGAGAGCAUUGGCAAAACAAGACAUGAUAGUGCACGCACACAAGAGGAGGAGCUUCAGAAGAUCCAAAAGGCAAAUGAAAGAGAGAAAAACCACCUUAAGCAAGAGAACCGAAAACUUCAGGAAGACAUGGCUAGGUUAAAGACAAUAUCCGAAAAGCUGUCUGCUUCUCAGAAGCAACUGGAAGAAGAGGUCCGUGUAUUGGAAGAUAAGAAAGAGACAUUGGCCAAUUGGGAAGCCCAGAUCACAGAUAUUCUGCAAUGGGUUAGUGAUGAGAAACAAUCACGUGUUUAUCUACAAGCCUUGUCAGUCAAAAUGACAGAAGAGUUAGAGACUCUAAAAAAUUCUGGAACUCAAACACCAUCCAGCAAGACAGGGGAGAGCCAAUGGAAAGCACGCAGGCUGCAGAAACUAGAGGCUUCAGCACGGCUUGAACUCCAGUCUGCUCUUGAGGCAGAGAUCAGAGCAAAGCAAAGUAUCAAAGAGGAAAUGAAUAAACUCAAGUCUGAGAGCCUUGAAACUGACAGAAAGCUACAGGAGGCAGAUGAAGAAAAUAAGAAGUUAAGAGCGGAAAUGGAGAAGUUGCGUGAGGAAGCAAAGACAAAGGGAACAGCAGAAAACAAGUUACAGCGAUCUCUGAUUCCAUUUUUAUCAUUCCGUUCUGAGAAGGAAGUUGUCACGUCUGAAAACUCAGAACAGCCUCAAGUGUCGAGCAGUGUCAUCUUAAGACGAGGAGACAGAACUGAUUCUGUGAAAAAUAAAGUCAAUAGGAGAUCUGUUGGGAUCAUAGAAAGUAUAGAUGAGACCUCAGACAAGCCGAAGACACACACUUUCAAAGUUAAAAGUUUUACAUCACCAACAAAAUGUCUCCGCUGUACAUCGGUCAUGGUUGGACUUAUACGGCAAGGAGUGUGCUGUGAAGUGUGUGGGUAUAUGUGCCAUUUAUCCUGCUGUGAUGGUGCCUCAAUUUGUCCAUGUCCCCCUAGUCAAAAUAAGAGGAUUCUUGGAGUAGAUCCAAAAACUGGCAGCGGCACUGCUCUGGAAGGAUACUUAUCGAUCCCUAAGCCAGCUGGAGUGAAGAAGGGAUGGCAACGGGCCUAUGUGAUUAUAAGUGACUUCAAGGUUCUUGUGUAUGAUGCCAUUUCCCAGUGUAAUACUACUAUCCUACAGGUCAUCGAUAUGAGAGAUGAACAUUUUUCUGUCAGUUCUGUCUUGGAGUCGGACGUCAUUCAUGCAAACCCCAAAGACAUUCCUUGCAUAUUUCGGGUAGUCUUCUCACAACUUGGUUUCCCACUCACCACCUCCUCUCAGCUUCUGCUGGCUGAGACUCCUGAAGAAAUGCAGAAAUGGGUGCAAGUGCUGAAGGAACUGCAGUCGCUCCUGCGGGAGCAGAGGCCAGAGGAUCGCUCUGUUCGAUUGUUAAAGGAGGCAUAUGACAGUGCACUGCCUCUCAUACGCACAGCUCUCUGUGCAAGUGUCAUGGAUCAGGAAAGAAUUGCUUUGGGAACAGAAGAUGGACUUUUCCUGUUGCACAUGAAUAAAAACGAUCAGCAAUUCAGUUUUGAGCUAUGA